UCCCUCUUUCUAACUCUGUAUACAUGCUUGGAUAAUUUAACAGGCAUUUCUCCCACUCAACGCGUCCACCGGCCUUGGUGUGUCAUGCAUACACGGAGUUAUUUACCGGCGACCCUUGCCUAUAUAAUCACUGUCUCACUUCUGCUCCUCAUUCCGACAAAUUCACAAGUAGAUUCCCAUGGAAAUCAUCCUCAUGUACCUUCCAACCCCAGACCGUUGGAGCCUCCUGGAGUGCUCGAAGUCCGGGAAUUCGAUGCGAACAAUGCUCGGCCAGGUGCAGCCGCCGCCGUGUUCCCACCGCUUCCCAAUGUUGUCCAACCUGCUCGCGAGGAAAUUCAACCUACUUGGGAUCGCAAGGAUGUGACUCCACUUGAUAAACUGCUUCUCGAUGACACCAUUUGGAGGUUCCAGUCAAUUCCCAGCCUGCGGAUACCCGUACUUCGGGCCCCAUAUCCAACAUUCGGGAUGGUGAUGCCGUUACCAUUUUGGUGGACCGCAACGGAACGCUUCUACCCCGUUAAUGUGGAUCAUUUAGAUUUCCAACUCACUAGUGUUAAAAAUUACAUACUUGAGGCCGCAGUCUCUCGUUGCAAACACAUAAUCACCAGCCGAGUGGGGUUGUCUGCGUAUACAUUCCGAUGGGCACAUGAAGAACCGCGACUGGCAAAAUUGGCCUGGAAUUAUCUCCGAGGAGAUUCCACCGACACCGCCACUGCGGGACGCACUGGUACUUCGGGUACGACAUUGGAGUUUGCCGAACAACCUUCUGCCUUGUGGUCGACACCAACGGCCGAACGAUUCCGCAAGCGGCACGCUCCCUAUUCAAUGGAUGCGUCUCGUUCCACUGCGCUGGAAACUGUUUUGAUUGCCGUAAGAACGCCUGGAUCAGAUUGGCCGUCAAUCGACAUGGAUGAAUCAUAUGCACUUUUGGUUGAUCGUCACGGUAUCCUCUUGGUCGCCAAUCAGACAUGGGGCGCAAUACGUGGUUUGGAGAGUCUGAGCCAACUCAUGUGGCGCACCUCCGACGGUUCUCAGGUCUAUAUCAAUCAAACACUGAUACACGACAGGCCUCGCUUUGCACAUCGUGGUCUCCUGAUAGAUACCUCGCGACACUAUAUCAGCAAAUCGAUAAUGCUACUGAAUCUGGAGGCGAUGGCUUACAACAAACUAAACGUACUUCAUUGGCACAUAGUGGACGACUCUUCGUAUCCAUAUCAAAGCUCCGCGUUUCCGGAAUUGUCCAAAAAAGGUGCCUUUUCCGAUAGACAAAUUUACACUGCUUCCGACAUCAAGGAGAUUGUUGAGUUUGCUCGAAUGCGCGGAAUCCGUGUGCUCCCUGAAUUCGACAUUCCAGGUCAUACACGUAGCCUCGCCUACAGUAAACCGGAGUUGCUAGCUCAAUGUCGACCAGAGGACGACCCUACAAUCUAUUUCGGUCCACUCAAUCCUUUUGCCAAUGAGACCUUUGCAUUUUUGAAGGCAUUGCUAGAAGAAAUAGUCGAUCUGUUCCCCGAUGAAUACGUUCAUCUCGGUGGUGAUGAGGUGGAGCCAGAAUGUUGGGAGAUGGAUACCGAAAUUGAGAAGGCACAGAGACGACUUGGUGCGGCGGGCUUCCAGUAUCACGAAUACUUUUGGAGGCGAGUCCAGAAUACGAUGACGGAUAUCGGAGUGCAGAAGCCUGGCAAGCAACGAAAAAUAAUCAUCUGGCAAGAAGUCUUGCAACAUGUGUCUGAGGUGCUGGAUUCGUUGGUCAUGCAAAUUUGGAAACCGGACUCGGCAAUGGAUAUUCCACACACCAAACAUCUCAUCUAUUCCUCUUGUUGGUAUUUGGAUAACUUGUUCAGAAUACGCAAUUGGGGAUCGUACUAUCUGUGUGAUCCGGAAACAAAGCUUGGCCCCCAGUCUGCUGGGCGAAGAAUCAUUCUUGGUGGUGAGGCAAGUAUGUGGUCAGAAUAUCAGUCGGAUGAUACAAUAUUGCAAAAAAUAUGGCCCGUGACAAGCGGUAUCGCGGAGCGUCUUUGGAGUCCAUACUUUGUCGACAGUCUUGAAAGGGUGGGUCCCCGGAUCGAGGAACAACGAUGUCGCAUGAUUGGCCGUGGAAUUCCACAAAGCGUAUUACUCGGACCCGGCUCAUGUGACCCUCCUGGAGUGUUAUCUUCAACUCUGAACGCUCCAGACGUUGGCGAUGGUCAAAGCCAGUUCGCCCUCCUAGGUGAGGGCAUCUUCAAUGAUGGCCACCUGUCACUCUCCCUGAUAAGUUGUGUGUUCUAUCUGGUUAUCGGUGCGAUUACCGGCUCCUUGAUCACAUUGGCACUCAGCUGCUUCUCGGCUUCGUUCAGACCCCGACUGAAUGGCGCAUGGCCUCGUCGGUUUUCACUCACUCGGUUAUUUUGUGCGGCUGUGAUCAUCACAACCACCCUCUUCUUCCUCACCAUGUAUAUUGUGUGAGUUGUCGCAGACCCCCUCCACCUGGUUUACCCACUACUAUUCUUUUUUUCGCACUUUGUGUUCAUCUACUUUAUUUGCGUCCAGCACGACAACACCGGCCAAAUCGCUUGUCACCUUCCCGACCCAUUUGUGCACACACGCGCAUACACCUUCACGCAGGUGUCACAUUCUUUAUGCUGUCUCCCUGUUUGUCCUUCGCAAGACUUGUAAAGUUGCACCACACACUCGAUGUGACUAUUCGCAUUUCACCACCAAAGAUCCCCGCAUACAUCUAUGUGUCUGUGCACUGGGUCUCCUUCCGCUCCUAUUUCGAUUGACAUCUUGACAAACUGUCACCGAAAGUUCCUUUUUGUGCACUGCUAUUUCCUUUUUGUCCUGUUGUCCCAUCGACCCUUCGGACUCUGUGCUUUGAUAAUUUCAACUUUUCAUUUUGAGUUCAUUGGCAACUGUGAUAACCGAUUGUCAUGGAAGGCCAUUAAUCAACAGAUAUCGAAGGAAUGCAUCGCAUUCCCCCGAAACAUUGCGCAUUGUCCUUCCAACUGGAGACCUCCGGCACAUGAACGGAGCAGCUGAACUUUACUCGCACUCUUGUGUACCCCAUCCCUCUUCUUACGGUAUCCAAAUGAGAUAUCUAAAUGUUCUCAGUACAUAUUUUGACCUCGCUCGUGUCGUUUUUCCGGUAUCUCCAUGAAUGUUCUACCGCUUGUGGUUGUAAAACAACGAAACAUCAGUACUGGUGAGCCACUG